GGCGCUUACCAGUGUUUUGGUCGGCACGGCCGCCGCCGUCGUUGUCGUGGACGACGGCAUCGAGCACUCCUCGCGCUGUUCUGGCAGCAGGCCGAGUGACGGUGGCGGCGGCACCAAUAGCUGAGGCGCGAUUAGCCUGUUCUUGACAGCUCACAAAGUCGCCCACACUCGAUUGACUGGUCGAGAGCUAACUUGUUGUUGGUGUUGGAGUCAUUCGAACAGUUCGCCUGACAGGUUCCUCGUCUCUCGGUCGCUCGCUCGCUCGUUCGGCCGCUCGCUUGAUUGGAAGGCGGUUCAACGUUUGCACUUGUUACGAUUACUUAACGAACCCACAAACAUGCUCGGGACCAUCCCAACAAUUCUCUUCGCUACCUUGGCGGUCCUGCUCGUUGCCUUCUGGAGAAAAGUGCGACGUUACCCCAGUGGACCCUUCCCGCUCCCGGUCAUUGGGAAUCUGUGGUCGAUGAAGCGCUGGCCUCAGUGUUUCUAUAAGAUGGGACCCUCGCUAGGUCAGAAAUACGGGGACCCCCUCACCCUGUGGUUCGGUUGGUUCCCCAUCGUUGUGGCGAAUGAUUUGAGCAUAAUCAAAGAAGCCUCAGUCGGGCCUAAGCGAAGUCAUCUUGCCGGAAGGCUACAGUUCAGCGUGGGCACCCUGCAGAAACGAGGCAAUGAAGACAUUGUAUUUGGAAAGUUCGGGCCGGAGUGGGAGGCCUUGAGGAAGGUGGCCCAUCUUGCCGUUCGGAAAUACGCCGUCACCGAGGGCCUCGAGAACCUCGUCACCGAAGUAAUUGACGACAUCAUCGAUCACAGCAGCCCCGAAGAACCCUUCGAUUUGGAUGCGGAAAUGUUGGAGGCUCUACAUAAUAUCAUAGGACUGUGCGUCUUCGGCCAGAAGUACGAGAGGGACAGCGAGGACCUCCGUACGAUCCGCCGAAUCAAUGGCGAGCUUAAGCUUCUUCUGCCGAAAGUAUUCCUCAUCGAUUUCAUGCCACCUCUCAGACUGUUUCUCUCGCGCUACGAAAACCGCUCGAAAGAGCUAUUUGACGAAUUCAUCGCUCUCGAAAUGCGGCUCUACAAACAGGCUCGAGAAACCUUUGAGCCCGGUCAGAUAAGACACUUCACCGACGCCAUUGUUGCCGCCAAGCUGGAAGCCGAAGAGGAAGCAAGAGGUAUAGCCAAAUAUCUCACCGAAGGAAAUCUCACGCAAAUCGUUUACGAUGUCUUCGGAGCGGCCACGCCGACGACAAGUCAAACACUGAAAUGGCUCUUACUAUACGCAUUCGCCGACGAAAAGGUCCUGGCUCGCUGUCGAGCCGAAAUCGAAUCACAGAUCGGGGAUCGCCAACCUCGGGCGAGCGAUCGGAACGAAUGUCCCUUCAUAAACGCUUGCAUCUUGGAAGUGCUCCGUAUCCGACCCGUAUCACCAUUCUCGCUGCCGCACCUCACCACCUGCGACACAUCUCUCGCAGGGAGACCGAUCCCGAAGGAUACCACCGUCCUCUUUAAUCUCUACAGCGCUAAUCACGAUCCCAGGAUAUGGGAAGAUCCCGAAACCUUCGAGCCCGAACGCUUCCUGGGCGAUGAAGGCGCUCUGAGAAAAGACCGCGUGGCACAGUUGACAACAUUCGGAGUCGGUGCUCGGGCUUGCAUCGGUGAGAAGAUGGCUUUCACCGUGAUGUUCGUGCUCUUCACGAGAUUCCUCCAGAGAGUCGAAUCUGUGAAAACUCGUAGCGGAGCACCUUUCGAUCUGGAGCCGAAAUCCUCUGGCUACAGCUGCGAGCCCAAACCGCAACCGCUGACGUUGGUGAAAUUCGAGGUCUAGCUGUACGUCGGAUCGAGUCUCGAUCUCGUCCCUCCGAUCCCACCUCUUCGCACAGAUAUCCUUGUGAUGAUCCCAAGGAAAUACUCGAAAGACAUUUGUUGAAAUACAAGUGCCUAAAGUCCCGCUUGCAAGGAAACCACUCGUAAAGGGAACCUCUCGUGUUAGCAACCUCGCCUAUGAGGAACCUCCCUCGAAGGGAUCCUCACUAAAAAAGAACUUCGUGACUUUCCCUAUGUGGAAGGUCCCUUAUACCCGAGGUUUCUUAUACGGAAAGUUCUCUAUACGCGUGGUUCCUAAUGCGUAAGGUUCCUUAUAUGCGGCUCGAUUUGUGAUUGACAGGGUUCCUUGUACGCGGGACUUUGGACCUUAUUUGACGAGACCGAUGUCCACCGAGCAGCCAAAGUGUUUUUUGCGAGACUCCGGAGCUCAUUUCAGCGAUGACGCUCUAUUUCGCCGUCACAAUUUCCUCGAAGUUCUGAGGAGGAAAAUAAAAGCAAUAGUUGA